CGGAGGGGGAGGGAGCAGGAGAGUCAGUGAGCCGCCGGGAGGCAGCGCGGCAGCGGCUCCGAGGAGUCCGCGUGCGGAGCCGCCCGCCACUCCGGCCCAGAGGGCCUGGGCUUGGGCCCGAGAGACCGGAGCGGCGCCAGGAGCUCCGAGGCCGGAGCGGAGGAGGAAUGUGAGCAAGGGUCGGCGGGGGCGCGGGAGUACGCGAGCGGCGGGAUGGGGCAGCAGGUGGGCCGCGUCGGGGAGGCUCCGGGGCUCCAGCAGCCGCAGCCGCGCGGGAUCCGGGGCAGCAGCGCAGCCAGGCCCUCGGGCCGCAGGCGGGACCCGGCGGGGCGGACCGCAGACGCCGGCUUCAACGUCUUCACCCAGCACGAUCACUUUGCCAGCUGUGUGGAGGAUGGAUUUGAGGGAGACAAGACUGGAGGCAGUAGUCCAGAAGUUUUGCACCGCCCAUUUGGCUGUGAUGCUGAAUCUCAGGCACUGAAUGAAGCUAUCAGGUGGAGCUCCAAGGAGAACUUGCUGGGAGCCACUGAGAGUGACCCUAAUCUCUUUGUUGCACUUUAUGACUUUGUGGCAAGUGGUGAUAACACACUCAGUAUCACUAAAGGUGAAAAGCUGCGAGUCCUUGGUUACAACCAGAAUGGGGAGUGGAGUGAGGUUCGCUCCAAGAAUGGACAAGGUUGGGUGCCAAGCAACUACAUCACUCCAGUUAACAGCCUGGAGAAGCAUUCCUGGUACCACGGGCCUGUAUCCCGCAGUGCAGCAGAGUACCUCCUCAGCAGCCUAAUCAAUGGCAGUUUCCUGGUUCGAGAGAGCGAGAGCAGCCCCGGGCAGCUGUCCAUCUCUCUCAGGUACGAGGGACGCGUGUACCACUACAGGAUUAACACCACCGCAGACAGCAAGGUGUACGUGACAGCUGAGAGCCGCUUUAGCACCUUGGCAGAGCUUGUUCACCACCACUCCACAGUUGCUGAUGGGCUAGUGACCACGCUGCACUACCCAGCACCCAAGUGCAACAAGCCAACCGUCUAUGGUGUGUCUCCUAUCCAUGACAAAUGGGAAAUGGAGCGGACAGAUAUCACCAUGAAGCACAAACUUGGGGGCGGUCAGUACGGAGAGGUUUAUGUUGGCGUCUGGAAGAAGUACAGCCUUACAGUGGCUGUGAAAACACUGAAGGAAGACACCAUGGAGGUGGAGGAGUUCCUGAAGGAAGCUGCAGUGAUGAAGGAGAUCAAGCAUCCUAACUUAGUACAGCUGCUAGGUGUGUGUACCCUGGAGCCGCCGUUUUACAUUGUGACUGAGUACAUGCCCUAUGGGAACCUGCUUGACUAUCUCCGGGAGUGCAGCCGAGAGGAGGUGACUGCCGUCGUGCUACUUUACAUGGCCACCCAGAUCUCCUCUGCCAUGGAGUACUUGGAGAAGAAGAACUUCAUUCAUAGAGAUCUUGCUGCCCGGAACUGCCUAGUGGGAGAGAACCAUGUGGUGAAAGUGGCUGACUUUGGUUUAAGUAGACUGAUGACUGGAGAUACCUACACUGCUCAUGCUGGAGCCAAAUUUCCUAUUAAAUGGACAGCACCCGAGAGUCUGGCCUACAAUACCUUUUCAAUUAAAUCUGACGUUUGGGCCUUUGGAGUACUGUUGUGGGAAAUUGCUACGUAUGGAAUGUCACCAUAUCCAGGUAUUGACCUAUCUCAAGUCUAUGACCUACUGGAAAAAGGAUAUCGAAUGGAACAGCCUGAGGGAUGCCCCCCUAAAGUGUAUGAACUUAUGAGAGCAUGCUGGAAGUGGAGCCCUGCUGACAGGCCCUCUUUUGCUGAAACCCAUCAAGCUUUUGAAACAAUGUUCCAUGACUCCAGCAUCUCUGAAGAGGUAGCUGAGGAGCUUGGGAGAACGGCUUCCUCCUCAUCUGUGGUUCCAUACCUGCCUCGGUUACCUCUACUUCCUUCCAAGACGAGAUCCCUGAAGAAGCAGGGGGAGAACAAAGAGAACCUAGAUGGGGGCCUUGAUUCCUCCGAGAGCCUGGCCUCUAGCUCAGCACCAGGGUUCAUUAGAAGCACACAGACCUCCAGUGGGUCCCCAGCUCUGCCUCGAAAGCAAAGAGAUAAGUCACCCAGCAGCCUCUUAGAAGAUGCCAAAGAGACAUGCUUUACCAGGGAUAGGAAGGGAGGCUUCUUCAGCUCCUUCAUGAAGAAGAGAAAUGCCCCCACACCCCCGAAGCGCAGCAGCUCCUUUCGAGAAAUGGAGAAUCAGCCCCACAAGAAAUAUGAACUGACGGGUAACUUCUCACCUGUUGCUUCUCUACAGCAUGCUGAUGGGUUCUCUUUCCCUCCCAGCCAGCAAGAGUCGAAUCUGGUGCCAGCCAAGUGCUAUGGGGGGAGCUUUGCACAGAGGACCCUCUGCGCUGAUGAUGACAGUGCUGGGGGUGGGGGCAGUGGCACUGCUGGGGGCGGGUGGUCCGGUAUUACAGGCUUCUUUACACCUCGCUUAAUCAAAAAGACACUGGGCUUGCGAGCAGGUAAGCCCACAGCCAGUGAGGACACUUCGAAGCCUUUUCCAAGGUCCAACUCUACAUCUUCCAUGUCCUCAGGGCUUCCAGAGCAGGAUAGGAUGGCAAUGACCCUUCCCAGGAACUGCCAGAGGUCCAGACUCCAGCUGGAAAGGACAGUGUCCACCUCUUCUCAGCCAGAAGAGAAUGUGGACAGGGCUAAUGACACGCUGCCAAAAAAAUCUGAGGAAGGUGCUGCUCCAGCCAGGGAGAGACCAAAAGCCAAACUAUUGCCUAGAGGAGCCACAGCUCUUCCAUUAAGAGCCCCUGAUCCAGCCAUCACAGAGAGUGACUCUCCGGGGGUAGGGGUGGCUGGAGUGGCAGCUGUCCCCAAAGGCAAGGAAAGGAAUGGUGGGACUCGACUUGGAGUCACUGGAGUCCCUGAGGAUGGAGAGCAGCCAGGCUGGUCUUCUCCAGCCAAGGCUGUAGCUGUCCUCCCAACCACUCACAACCACAAAGUGCCAGUCCUUAUCUCUCCCACUCUGAAACACACUCCAGCUGAUGUACAGCUCAUUGGCACAGACUCUCAGGGGAACAAAUUCAAGCUCUUAUCUGAGCAUCAGGUCACAUCCUCUGGAGACAAGGACCGACCCCGACGGGUAAAGCCAAAGUGUGCCCCACCCCCACCACCAGUGAUGAGACUACUGCAGCAUCCGUCCACAUGCUCAGACCCUGAGGAAGAGCCGACUGCCCCACCUGCAGGACAGCACACUCCAGAAACCCAGGAGGGAGGAAGAAAGGCAGCUCCAGGCCCAGUGCCCAGUAGUGGGAAACCUGGGAGGCCAGUCAUGCCUCCACCUCAAGUGCCUUUGCCCACAUCUUCCAUCUCACCGGCCAAAAUGGCCAAUGGCACAGCAGGUACUAAGGUGGCCCUGAGAAAAACCAAACAGGCAGCUGAGAAAAUCUCAGCUGACAAAAUCAGCAAAGAGGCCCUGCUGGAGUGUGCUGACCUACUGUCCAAUGCGAUCACGGAACCUGUGCCCAAUAGCCAACUGGUAGACACUGGGCACCAGCUGCUCGACUACUGCUCAGGGUAUGUGGACUGCAUCCCUCAGACUCGCAACAAAUUUGCCUUCCGAGAGGCUGUGAGCAAACUAGAACUUAGCUUACAGGAGCUUCAGGUGUCUUCCACAGCUGCUGGUGUGCCUGGGACAAACCCUGUCCUUAAUAACUUACUGUCAUGUGUACAGGAAAUUAGUGAUGUGGUGCAGAGGUAGCCGUUGUCGUCCGAGUGAGGAAGUGCACACAUUCUGAGGGGGGAGGGGAAGGAACUCGUUUUCCUGUGUUCUCGUUCUCAAAAAGUGAGACUGAUGCUUGAGUGUGUAUGUGAAGUACCUCAGAUCCCUGGGUUCUCGCGUUUACAGGUUCAUCUCAAAACAGCAGAAAGGAAAUCACAAGGAGAUAAAAAGUCAGUUUGGUGGAGCAGGGCAGUGUGGGCAGGGUUGGAAAGUGGACUGGAAGAUUAGGGAGCCUCGUGUAUACAUCAUAGGAAGGCACAGCCCUCCCUCUCUGCGGUGGGCGGGCUGCUCUCGGUUGUGCUGUACCACGAAACAGGCCUUGACCUGACCGGUCCUGGGGGUUAUCACGUUUCAGUUUACUGCACAUCCGGAGAGCAGGAGAAAGCAGUGUGGGGGAUGUAGCACGAGAUGUUUUAUUCCAGGCUAGUGGAAGUGGCUGGUGGCCUUGCUUCCGUGGCCAUUGCUGUUGUAGCAAGAACUGCACAUUAGAUUACCAGAGUACUCACCUCAGAAAUAUGGCCUUUCCAUCUGCUUUGCACUGUUUACCACGGGUAUGUCAGUUGGUGCAGAAAGUACAGAAUGCAGGGUAAGUUUAGUCGGACGGACACCUCCAAGCUCUCGUGCUGACUAGCAGUCACUUCUCCCACUCUUCUGGAAUGUUACUUGUUAGUGGGCCAGUAUCCACCUGCAGCUUGUUGGUGGCUAUCUGUAAGCCAUGGGCAUAGAGGCAGUCUGUCUUCCUUCAUUCCUGGCAGCAUACCGGGCAUUACCCAGCAUCGAUGUUGAAAAUAAUGCUCACUACAGGUUCAUAUGACCCCGAACACUAACACAAUGGCCUCUUGAGCAGCUACACAUCCUCUGUACUUAAUGAGAAUACCAAGCAGAUACAGUACCUUACUGAAACUGGCUGGCCACGUGGCUGCUUGUACCUUGCCCUCCUUGCAGCCCUCUGGGUGGCUGUAGGGAGCCUUGUUCACUGAGGGCCCACCUCCAGAGCAUCUCUCGUGUUCUUUGUCUUUGCUCCCAUACCAUCCCUAAGCCUUUGUUGCACUUGGAGUUUGUGUUGGGAAUAUACUUUAUUUUCUCCUUUCAUCUCUAUUUUUAGAGUACAUAAUAGAAGGAGUGGGUUAUUUUCAGGGAGCACCAGUUAGGCCCAGAAACCUAGGGGUUAACCUGAGAGUCGGUUUUGCCUUUGAGAAAUGGGCAUUCUCCUUCCCUAACUACAAUUAUGGAAGCUAAUAGAGUAACAUGGAAUAUAGAACAGUAGCAGGCUACACAUUACUGAUGGUUUUGGUGUUGUGCCUAAUUCUAGUUUCUGAUUUUUUUUUUUUCAAAGAGAGCCAAUACAAAAUAUGGUGAUGUUUCUUUUUCCAAAGGAAUAUUAAUGUAGGAAGAUGGGAAUUGCGCACUAAGCAGUGUUUCUCCCUGACUCAUUGAUCCGCCUGCCUUCAAGUCGCUGCCCCGUCUUCUGAUCUAUUAAUUGAAGGCAAUAGCCCACAUUCUCAAGAGGGUUUUGCAGACUUAAUAUACCCCUCCCGUGGAGAGGCUCUCUGGGAAGCUCUUUACUUAAUGUUGUUGAGUCGCUUUUCAUUCUCUUUGCUGAAUCACAAAUAAGAAACUUUUGAACUGCCAGAAUUGGGCCAGAACCCUAAGGGAAAACUAUUUCAAGUCGCAUUUGGCAUCCUUAACCAAGAGAGAAAGUUAGUUUUCAAUUAGAAAAAGGAAAUUUGGAUGCCUGUCACUGCUGCUGUAGUGAAAGCUCAGGGUGGGGCAAGGCUUGGGAUAGAGGAGACAGCCCUGCAGCGGCAGGAUGCUCCCACAGCUACAGCCUGACAGCUGGGUUUCAGGUUCAUGCCCCUGGAGUCCCGCAAGAGGAUUCCCCCACCUUGUUGGCCACUGUUCUGCACAUCGAAUGCACGCAUAAACUUGAAUUUAUUCUAGCAGUUAGUUUAGUUAGGCGGGGAAGAGGAAGUGAAAACUUGAGGGCAUUAUUAAUGCUGCUUUUAGCGUCUAUCCCUGCCUAUACCCCUGCCAUGGUUAGAUGUCUUAACGGGUGUGGUUGUUUUGAGUUUGGGUCUCGUUUUUUGUUUGUUUGUUGUUGGUUUUCCCUUCAGAGUUCUGAAAACAAGCAAGUAGUGUUCUUCAAAACACUGCCGAGUCUCUUGGCUGCCUGCUUUUCUUUCUCUGAAGCGCUGAGUCAUGUCUCACUCAAGUGUCUACCCUGCUCUCACAGCAUCACUAAAUCCAUGAGCUAAACUGACUGUCCUCUCCACGUGACGCGUGAGCUGUCCUUUACGGGGAUUGAGGCCUCAGGCCACAGAGGCACUGUCAACUUGCUGUGGAAGAAUUAUUUACAUUUGUCUUGUAUCUACCUGCAAGGGACCAGCUUAGAAAAAGGGGAAAAAAAUAGCAAAUUAAAAGGUUUGAAUCUAAAUCAGGGAAAACUGCUUUUAGAAGCUAAAAUGUAAUUAAUUACGUAGCAGAUGGUGAGCCCUGGCAACUCCUAAAGCCAUUCGGCCUAUGCAGACCUUUGCAUUGCCACGGCUUGGUUACUUUCAUUACAAGUCUCGUGAUUUUAGUUGGAUUUCCUGCCUUCAGAUGUAGUGUUUUGUAUUGAAUAUAUCCAAAUUCUGCUUUACGGGAAGCUUUUUUUGUUGUUGUUUUUUAAGCUUUGGGUACAGCUGUAUUUCACAUUUUCAGGUGAUUUCCAUCAUGAUACUCAGAAAGAAAGACCUUAAAAUUGGCCUUUUGUAUGAGAGAUAGUUUGCAGUGAGAUGGACUGAAUUGAACAUGAUACACCAAGCUGUGAUCUGGCAUGUAAGAAACUGAUUUGUCAUUUUCAAGAUGCCCUUUGUCAAAGGUCAUCAUAGCGGAUUGGAGUCUAGUUUCCGGCCUCAUUUUAAGGUUUCAUUUAUAAAUGUUCCUACUUAAAUCCUACUUAAAAUCCUCCUUAGUUGACAAUUGGCUGGUAAAAACAUUUUCUGUUAAUGAAGACAGUGUUUUUUAAGCUUAGGGGUACAGCAUUACCGAUAGUGUGGGGUCAUGUUUAUAGACUAUAGCUCAGGUUUCUGGUGAAGUGACCACUCCAGGAUGUUAAUUGCUAGUAUGAACUCCUAAUCUGGGAGCACACAAAAAUCCUCUAGAGAUUUUUAAAGGAAAACUGAUGAAUUAGCCCCGCUUUGUUGGAAUUCCCGGUGGGAUGAGAGACUAGCUAGCAUGCUUCCCAAGAUCUUCUCCAGGUUUCAAACACUCACCGCACUGAAUACUGUGUACAGACGAGGAGACGGGAGAGGACUGUUGUCACUAGUCCAUAUCUUGGAGCAGUUAGUGGCAAAGCUGAGGCUAGAAUUCAGGAGUCCUGACAUUUGGCAUCUCUCCACAGCCUGCUGCCUUGUGAGAUGCUCAGCUAGACAAUCCAUGUGCGUGGUGCUGCACAGUGCUAAAGCACGGGCUCUGGCAGGCCCUGGCUAGGAAGGGCUUGGAUGGUUGGUAAUGGCAGUGUAGCUGGACAAGCCUUUAGUAGAACUCUGCUCUGAAGAGAACUUAGCACUGUUCUUCUAGACCUCAGGCACACAUAGAGAUCUGCACUUUGUAGUUGAAGAAUACCAGCUUGAGUUGUUUAAAAACAAAAAGGAAAAA